GUUAAUAAUAAGAAAGAACAGCCAUUGGAAACGAUUUCGGACUAACCUCACCAUUUUCGGGUUCCAAAUUUUGCGUUUUGGGCUCAUCAUCUCUGCAACUGUUUAUAUUUGUUCUUAAUGCAGAUCUAUUUCUACUUAUGGGUACUAUAUAUCGGCCUUGAACAACAACAAAGUCCUCUGAAUGAACUGAUCGUUUUUCACUCAAAACGGAAACCAUUUUCGCACAACGGCCGCCAUUCUUCUGAAUAAAUGACGAGAGAAACCAUACUUGAUGAACGGAAUCGCCCCCACUUAGUUGUUUUCACACCAUGAGUGGGCGUCCAAGGACUACAUCAUUUGCAGACGGUGGUAAACCCGGAGGAUCAGCUCCAUUUCCAGGGAUGAAAACCAUCAACAAAGACGGCAGUAAGGUGACAACAGUUCUAGCAACUGCUGGUCAAGGAAAUGAUCGACCGCAAGAAGUGUCGUAUACCGAUGCUAAAGUCAUUGGGAAUGGCUCAUUCGGGGUUGUCUAUCAGGCAAAGCUGGUCGAAUCGGGAGAUCUAGUGGCAAUCAAAAAAGUUCUUCAGGACAAGAGGUUUAAAAACAGAGAGCUUCAGAUCAUGAGGAAGCUGGAGCACCAUAAUAUUGUCAAACUCAAGUACUUCUUUUAUUCAGCAGGAGAAAAGAAGGAAGAGGUCUUCCUGAAUCUAGUUUUGGAAUAUGUACCAGAGAAUUUAUAUAGGGUUGCGAGGCAUUACAGUAAAAAUAAGCAAAUUAUACCGAUCCUCUUCAUAAAGUUAUACAUGUACCAGCUGUUCCGAAGCCUGGCAUACAUCCACUCCCAGGGCGUUUGUCACCGUGACAUCAAGCCACAGAAUUUGCUGCUGGACCCAGAGACAGGCGUUCUCAAACUUUGUGAUUUUGGCAGUGCCAAAGUACUGGUGCGUGGUGAGCCAAAUGUCUCAUACAUCUGUUCCCGAUACUACAGAGCUCCAGAACUGAUAUUUGGUGCUACAGACUACACCUGUCAGAUUGAUGUCUGGUCAGCGGGCUGUGUUCUAGCAGAACUGUUGUUAGGGCAACCAAUGUUUCCGGGUGACAGUGGUGUCGACCAGCUGGUGGAGAUUAUCAAGGUCCUCGGUACACCCACACGCGAACAGAUCCGGGAAAUGAACCCAAACUACUCUGAGUUCAAGUUCCCACAGAUCAAAGCCCACCCUUGGACAAAAGUGUUCAGACCAAGAACUCCCCCUGAGGCUAUACAGGUGGUCAGCCGUCUAUUGGAAUAUAUCCCGUCGGCCAGAAUUUCCCCGCUAGAGGCGUGUGCUCACCCAUUCUUUGACGAACUAAGGGACCCUACCACUCGAUUGCCGAGUGGACGAGAGUUACCCGUGCUUUUUAACUUCUCCCCACAGGAGUUACUUAUUGCCCCCCAACUGAAUGCAACGUUAAUACCUCCGCAUGCCCGCACCUCGGCUUCCGAUGCUCAACAAUCCGGCUCCACCGGACAGGGCCAGGACGCGUCAACUAAUGCCAACUCCUCCGGCGACGCUGGCAACACACAGGGCGCGCAGGCAUCCGGCGGGAAUGCAUGAGAAAACGAUAAUGUCUAGGACGGAUUAUUCUUUGUUUUAAAAGUCUUAUUGUACAAAAUGUAUUUAUUGCCGUAAUCUGUUAUUCAAAGAUAAGCUCUUCUCUGUAAAGACAUAAUUUUUAAAAGGUGGAAGAUGGAUUUGGACUGCAAAUCUUGAGACAUAAAACUGGCCAGCAUUGGAAUUGUUCUUUAGAGAUUAGGAUUGAAAAUCAGUGAUACAUGUGUAUAGACAGAGCUGAUAAAGUCUGGAAGUUUGCUGGUUAUGUUAUACAAAAUAAUAAUGUGGAUUCUGAUGGGAAAAGACAGCAGGAAACUAUAUGUGGAUGUUUUACACCGUUGAAAUUUGUUGACUUAAACGGAUCUUGAAGCAAAAACUGUUGACUUGCAAUUGUGAGGUGGUGAAUUUUUAAUCAUGACAUGAAACAAAUGGAAAUAGUUCAGUGAACUCUUAUGACAUGGAGAAGUGGUUGAGUGAAUUGGACGCUUAAGGAUACGGAAUUGCCUUGCAAAAGUGUGUGGUGGAUUUGGCUUCCUGUAAAUGAAUGUUUUAUCAGAAUCAAGAUGAAGAAGAAUAGAUCCGAGAGAAGAGAAUAUUUAAAUGUUGACUUUGAUACCAAAUCUCUGGCCAAUUUUUGCCCCAGUAUGUUUGGUAAUGAUCCUAGAUCAAAGACUUUGUGAUCAGAAAGGUCAAGUUAAUUGACCUCUCCAUAAUAUCUUAGUCAUUUUUAUGUUGAUUAUUUGUUCACUGUAUGAAACACACCAGGGAGUGUGGACACUUGAGAGUGGUUUGCUUUAACGAUGUAUUCGUUUAAAACAUUAUAAUAUCUUAAUACAGUUGUUAGUUAUAUGAUUGUGUAUCAUUCAAGAUGGAUGGUGUAAAUUAUGUUAUCUUCCUUCUUAUGCACCUUCAGUUUGUAAAAUUUCAUUUUUAAAUUUCAAAAUGAUCCUGCAAGCUGUUUUCCCCUUCUGUUUGACAUUGAAGUUGUUUCAAAAUGUAAGCAUUAGUUACAUUGCACAGACAUGAACAAUAUCAAAAUAGGAUUUGUAUUAUUAUUUAAUGAUGUUAGAUGUAAAUAUUUAAGAGUGUUAAAAUUCAUUUCACACAGGCUCUUAUAGUUAAUAAUUUAUGGUAUAAACUCUUAGUCAUUUUGAAAUGACACAAAGAAUAUAUAUAUAUAAAAGUACAUAGGGUUUUGUAAUUAUUAAGUGUUUACUUAGAUAAUAAUUUAGAAUAGUCAUAAAAGAUCAGUUGAAAUGUUUUCGAAAAACUCUUAUAAGAAUCCUUCUAAUAUUAAACUCUUGAAUUGAUGAACUGAUUUCUUAUUUAAGAUAUUAUUGGCAUUUAAGUCAGUAUUAUUGUUAUUGUUAUAAUGUCUACUUUAUUUGCCCCACAAGGUAUAGGUCACUGUGCAAAGAUAAAAGUUCUUUGAUCAUAAAAAUAAAUUAGGAGUUCAACAGUUGCAAAAAUGAUGGGUAGGGUAGGAACAAAGUUUGUUUCUUUGUUGUUGUUUUUAAAUCCAGUCAAAACAGCACAGCAAGUGGUGAAUGCUUGUCGUGUCAUUUUGAUAUCUUGUGUUAUGAAUAAUUAAUUCUUAGUUUUUAAUUAUAAUCAAUACGAAUGGAUAACACGCUCAAAAACAACUUUAAUGGGGAAAACAGAUACUUUUUUAUCUAGGUUAAAAAAUUUUUUAUCUAGGUUAAAAAAAAACCUCUUAUGAUGAGGGAUUUUGACAGAAUGGUCAGAUUGCCCUAAACACAGGCCUUAGUUGGAACAUUUCAUUUAAACAAUUUAAUAACACAAAGAUUAGUGAUGUUCCUGGUACUUUAUCAAACUUUAAAUUAUUUUCUAACAGAAGUAAGUAAAGCAAUGGAUUGCAUUUUCAAACUCUUGCGUCAGACUGUGAUUGUCUUUUUCUAACAAUUUUAGAAAAUGUGAUGCAUUUUGAUAAUGAAGAAAAGUGCAUGUAAGAUUUGUUAAGAUCUUUAUUUACUUUAAUACUUAAACCUGUUUUAUUUGAAACUUUUUUCUGCGUCCUAUGACACUGAAUUAUGUUUAAUUAGUUAACUACUGGAAACACACUUAUUUACUAGUUACUUUUUGUUUUUGCACAUAUUUAAAUAGGUAGUCAAUAACAUCAAUUUGAAUGUCUAAUGGUAUGUUUAUAUACAAUGAACAAUGUAUAUGUUACAAAGUUUGUACAUGUAAGAUUUCUUCAUGUUGACCACUGUAUAUAUUUCACCCCCUUUAAUUAAUAUCUGUAACACAUGUUUGUUCUGUUUAUGUGAGGAAAACUGUACGACUGAUGGAGAAAAUGCUUUUGUUUCUUCAUUGUGUACAUUAAGUGUACACCAGGUAUUCAUGCAUUCAUUGUUAACAAAAACAAAAUGCCUUACUCUAACACAAGGGCGAGUUUUAAAAAGUCAGUGUAUUUCAUACACAACCACCUCAGUCUGACAUAAAUGCUUUAGCUGUACACAAAUUUAAGACAGUCAUAAUUUCAAGGUCCGUAGAUUGUUUUAUGUCUAAGAAAAAAAUGCUACAGAGAUGUCACCCUAUUAUUUUGUUAUUGGUCAACAAUGAUUGAUGUGGAGAAAAAGCAAAUUGUACGGAAGAUAAUAUUACAAACAAGCUUCUUUUUUUACUUGAACGAUGGCAAAUUAGGUAGCUCCAUGUCCAAUUUCAGUUGAUUUAAUAAAGGAACCGCAGUAUCUUUAUGUUAUAGAAUUUUCCAUAGCUGGUUUGGUUUUUUCAUCUUCACUUAAUAUCUUUUAAAUGAUUUUAAAGUUAUAUGGGGUCACCAGAUAUCAAAGUUAAACAUAAUCAAUGGCACUUUAAACAAAAAGGUAAUGUUUACAUAUGAUACCUUAGGACAGUGUAAGUGAAUGAGAAAUAUGUUAGAAAUAUGUUAUGUUCAAUAUUAGUGUACUAUUUGAAAUGUUACUAGUGCCAGAAAUGACAGUGGGGUAAUAGUUUUAGAAGCCUAUAAAGUGUUUUAUGUUACCUAGUAGAGUUCAUGUUUUUCUAUAAAGAUAAAUGUGACAUUAAUGGUAACAAACCUGAUGUAAUAAUGUCCCAUUGUUAAUAACAUGAUGAAAAAGGAACCCAAAUUCAUGAGUGUAAAAACCUAAUGUUCUGUUGGAAACUUUUUAUCCAAUUUAAAAAAUAAUGAUUUUAGAUGUUUUAUUGAUCUAGAAAGCUUGACUCUAGAACAGAUGCCAGUGCUGUAUGAUGGUUUUGACAUGUGUGUAUAGUGUCAAAGAGAAUGUUGUUAUGUCAUGCAUGGUGAUCAUUCAUUUUAUGUGGCCAUCUUUUACAAUUAUUCAUGAAAGAGAAACAUUUUUAUUCAUUUUUAACACAGAAGAAACUGCCAGUUGUUUUAUUACUUGUGAUUUGCAUCAUUUGUGCACCAUUCGUAUUAUGCAUGCAUUCUCAUACCAAGUAGUAUGUGUAUUAUUACUAAUUUUCAUAAUCUGUAUUCAAGAUGUUUUAAGUUUUCUGUUUAUUCUAGACCUUAACAUGACACCUUGUUUUUACCUCUGAAACAUGUUAAUUGAGGGCUCAAAAUGUGUCUUGUCAUUUGUAAGCUUAUGUUUUUUUUUAAAUUGGACAGAUAUGGAAUGGUUUGAUUUAACUCUGUAACUGCUUACCGUAAAGUCAUUAGAAUUAGCAGAGUUCUCCAUCGUCUAAAGUAUUAAAAAAGAGUUACCAGAGAAUGAACAGUAAAUGUUUUUAAGCUCCUUCUAAAAACUUGUUAUUAUACUAAACAUUGUGUGAAAUGGCAAAUUCAUUGUUUUCAUUACGUUACAUUUUGUGUGGUUUGUAUCUUUGUAUUGUUUUAUGCAAAUAUUUAUCAUAACAAAUUCAUAAUUAAAUUAUUCUUAUACAAAUAUGCAUACUUAAACGUUUCUGAAUUUAUUCAUUUACAGGGCAUUAAUUGGAAUUUUGACACAAUUUAAUAAAAAGAAUCUAAACCAGGUUAAGAUGCUAUGCAUAACCAGUUGAACCUUGUUCAUUCUACAUCAGGUGUUUAGCAAUGUUAUCUUAAAGGUAAACUAAUGUUUAUAUUUCCAAUUUCCUUAAAGAGAUGUUCUACUUGUUAAUUCAUACCAUAGCUUCAUUGACAUUUUCUUUCAUUUUCAGCUAAGAAAACUUUAAAGAGCAUUUUAUAUUCAACAAAUACUAUCUUGUGUAACUGGCUUAUAUAUGUAGAUACAGUAUGAAGUGUGUUGUAAUUAAUGAAUGAUAAUAACCUAGUUGUUGAAUGGGAUAGAUGCAUUUUCAUGAACUUGUGUUGAAAUAAAAUUGAAAUUGU